UGGUCAGCUGCCAUUAGAGUGUUGUUUGUUUUUGCGACACAUCCGCUAGCUAUGUGGUUGGCCAACCUGAUAUUGCACUAAGUGGCGCGGCGCUGCCAUCUUUGUCUCGUAGAUUUGGCUUGGCGCCUUUCCUGUGUUGGUUGUUCACUAGUGGUGAUAGUGUGUUACACGUUUCAAAAUGGCUGGUGGUAAAGCGGGUAAAGAUUCGGGCAAAGCUAAGGCUAAAGCAGUCUCACGGUCGGCCAGAGCAGGAUUGCAGUUUCCAGUCGGAAGAAUUCACAGACAUCUCAAAAAUAGGACCACAAGCCAUGGUCGUGUUGGUGCCACAGCGGCCGUAUAUUCCGCUGCUAUUCUCGAAUAUCUAACAGCCGAGGUGUUAGAGUUAGCGGGUAAUGCAUCCAAAGAUCUCAAAGUGAAGCGUAUCACCCCAAGACAUUUACAACUAGCCAUCAGAGGAGACGAGGAACUGGAUAGUCUGAUAAAAGCCACCAUUGCAGGAGGAGGUGUUAUCCCACACAUUCACAAAUCUCUUAUUGGUAAAAAGGGUGGACCUGGCGCACCAGUUUAAUUAAAGGCUAUUGCAUCAACAUUCUCACUGCAUUUGAACCGGACACAAUAUCAGCCUGUAAAUUCAUCAGCCAAUCAGUAAACAUAGUUUUCUAUAUAGGUAGUGAUGUGGACAGUGGAGUGACUUCAUGGAACUGUGGAUCCGGACUAAACUUGUAGCUAUUAAGUAAUAGUAAUAUUUUAGAAAUAAGGAGAUUUAAAUAUGAUUGUAUUAGAAUUAAGAUUUAUUUUCUUGGUUCAAUGAUGGGACAUCUUUAUUUCGCUAGACAUUGUGUUCAAUUUAUUUCAGCCACUACUAAAAUUAAUUCACUGUAAGCUUUACCACACCGAAGGUGUUGUAAAUCUGGCUAGGCUGCAGUGUUUUAAAUUUAGAAACUUGACUGUAACUGCAAUUGUUUUAGCUCUAAGCUGUCGUAGUAUAAUUUGCAGCAUUUUGUAUUUUUUUAAGUGACAAAUUGUAUUAAGCAAUGGUAUAAUAUUGUUCUAAAUUGUAAUUUGGUAUGAUUGAACUGUUGUUACAAGUUGUAAGAAAUGUAUUUUGAUCUUUGAAAUAUAUUGCAGAAACUAAA